AUGGGGGAAGGGUUCGGAUCGGGGGCUUCAGAAGCGAGCGAGCCCCAAACUUCCCCCGGCCCCGGGGUGGGGGGCGUGACCAGAGGACUGCUGGAGAAGGCGGAUGGGGGAGCAGUGGACAACACGAGUCUCAGGGCCCCGCGGCCUCAGGCCCAGGCAGUGCACCCUGGGGCGGCGGGUCGCGAAGGCCUAGGAAGAGUGCCGAGGCCGGAGGAAGCGCCGGCUUUGGGGAGGCCAUCCAAGGGCCCGAGAGACCCUUCGCCCCGCUCGCAGCUGACAGCAGAGGCGAACGAGCGGGCCGCCCGCACACCGAGCCGAGCUAGCCCCGGGCCUCGGCCUCGCCCCCCGCGCCGCCGGCUCCGUAAUGGCGGCGGCGACAGGGGGCGGAGCCCCAGGGGAGGGCCGGGCCCAUCGCGCGAGCCGCAGCCAAUGACCGCCUCCCGAACCUUUUUGAGUUCAAAAGAUGGGGUUCUAACUACGCAGGUGGGGAGGGUGGCCAGGAGUAAGCAUGAAAAAGGGAAGGUGGGGAGGGGGUCCGGAGUGCUCCAGGUGAAAGGCAAGCCCCAAAUCUCGGCAUUCGGAGAAUGCGCAGCUCCAGACAGGCCAACGGGGACUGAGUCGGCCAAUCAACGCCGGGCAGGAAGAGGCUGCGCAGGCGCAGAAUGGCCUCAGAGGGACCGGUCCGGGGAGGACCAUUCCUCUCCCCACCCCCCACCAUUUCACCCCCUCCCCCGCGACUGCAAACAAAACAGUAGCGGGAACGCGCGCGCGCUAGCGGGCCCAGGAGGAUGCGCCGGCGCGAGGGGCUGGUGGGAAAAAAAAGGGGGGGGGCGGUUUGGGGGACGGCAAACAAAAGGCGCCUGGCGGCCCCCCCUCCCCCUCCCGAGGGUGGCCCCCUCGGCCCCCUCGCGUCGGCCCAGCCCCGCCCCCCUCGCCUUGCCUCGCUUCGCCUCAGGGAGGGGCGGCGGCUGCGGCCUCGGCCCCGGGCGCUCUGGGGCCCGCGGCAUCCCACCGCGGCCUCCCCUUCCGUCCCAUCAAGGCUGCGGCCUGCGUUACCUCUGCGCUCUCCCCCCUUCCAGGCGCCCACGUCCCCCCGCGGCCUGUCGCCUCCGCUCCCCGCCCGCUGCUCGCCGCCGCUGGCUGCCUUCCGCGGGUCCGUCCGUCCGCCUGGCCCCGCCGCUGCGUUCUGCGGCCCCGCCCCCCUGCCCGCGGCCCCGCGGCCCCCGCGCGCGCGCCCGCUCGCCCGUCCCCCCCCCCCUCGCGCCCGCCAACGGCCGCGCGCCGCCGCCGCCCCCGCCGCGCACUCCCCGAUGCCCGAAGGGGCCGCCCGCCCCCUGCCGGCUCGGCCGCGGGGGUGCGGGGAUGUCGACCCGAGGGAGCGCGCGCCCUCCCCUGCGGCGGAGCGGACGAGCCCGCAGGCUUCUUCUCGGCGUCGCCUUCCCUCGGGAGAUCGUGCGGCGGGGGCCGGCCCCUGGUGCCCCGGGGCGGGGGCCUGGGCACGGCGAGGUGGCUGGAUCGGGCGCUGAGCGGGGCCGGGCCCCGGGAGCCGAGGGACUUAGGGCUCCCUAG